AUGGCCGAGAUGGUCGGCACUGUGGCGCCUGGUCGACGUGGGUCGUCGCCGUCGGCCAAUGACGCCGAUCACGCGCAACGGAAGACGGCCGACAAGCAGGGCCUGAAGAGGACGGGCGACGGAGACGACAAGGAGGAGCGCGAAGGGCGACGCAAAGCGGAGCAAGGGAUCGGACGGGAGCCGCGGCUCGAAGCCUGCGCCACAGAGCGUGGUCGACCAGUUGAAGACGAAGGCGGGUGGAGGGUGAUAAGGACGCUACCAGCGCGCCUGCCGGCCAGUCAGGUGCGACCAAAAGAUUGGGAAGGCCCGUGCGGCCCCUCCAGCUCCAGGAGCCCCGCUGCCGUCAAGGGCGGCGCGAAGGCUGCUUCGGCUAAGGGCGCUACUCCGGCAUCAGCUAAGGGGCCCCCCGGUGCUGACACGCUCAGGGAGAUGCUCCACCGCAUGGAGGCACAUAGCAGGGACGUGCAGCAGCAUCCCGUGGUCGACGCCGGCCUUGCCGGAACAGCACGUCGCUCCGUCACUCCGCAGUCGGACGCAAGCGGCUGCUCCACCUGUGACUCAGCAGGAACACGGCAAAAGCGCGACGACGACGUCGGUAAAACGCGACCGCACCCUCACCAGGUGCAGCUGUGGUCGAUGCUGGCGGCGGAGAGGGGAGUGAGUGCAGCGCUAGCCACCGGCGGCCGCCCCGACAAGCAUGCCGCACUCGCUGCCUUCCUGGCCCAUUUUGAUGCAGCAGAACACCCUGAGCACGCCCCUGCUCUGGCCAUCAUGGACACGGCGCAUGUGGGGCCGUUGGCGACCCACGGUGGGGGAUCGGCGGAGCCGACGGCUGCAACGGGUGCUGUCCGCCGAGAGUAA